AUGACACCUCCGGUGACAGAUACUGUACGGAUGACAAUUUGGCCUGGUUCUAUCUCGAGUCACCCUCAGCAGCCUCCUGUUCUUUCGCCUUCUCCAUCUCCCAAUGAUUCUGGACCGGACGACGCUCCUACUCCUAUCGUCAUGCCUCCUCCUUCCACUCGCUGUUCCAGGGGUUGUACACAAGAGUAUGGUAUUGACUAUGAAGAGACUUUUGCUCCUGUUGGUCGUCUCACAUCUGUUCGAGCUCUUCUCGCCAUUGCUGCGAGAAAGGUUACUGAUAAUGUUGGAGUUCAAACAAGUCAGCCCUCUAAUUCUAUUUCACAAGAAGGUCAAGUAAGUGAGCUCUCUAAUCUUACUCAAAAUACAUAUCAACAUGAAACCAAAGUACCAAGAUUAGAAAGAGAUGUUGAUAUCUCUUUACUAGAAAGGGAUCCAGGAAAGCGACGUCCAAUUUGGCAGUAUAAUGUCAAUGAACGUGAUAAGAUUCGUAGAGCAUACAUAAUAGCUGGACCAUACCAACCAACAAAUAUUAACUAUCCAGCUUCUGGUAAUAACAAUCACCGUCGAUAUUUUCAAUCUUCUUGGUUUAAGAAAUUUUCAAGUUGGUUAGAAUAUUCACCAGAAAAAGAUGCUGCUUAUUGUUUGCCUUGCUACUUGUUUGGUAAACAUUAUGGUGCUCGCAAUGAUGGAAAUGCAUUUUCAGUGUUAGGAUUUAGUAACUGGAAGAAAGUAAACAAUGGGGUAAAUUGUGCAUUUGUAUGUCACGAGGGUUCUAUUCCUAAUUCUCCCCAUAAUUUGUGUGUGAAAUCUUGUGAUGAUUUAAUGGCUCAAUCUAAGCAUAUAGACAAAGUUCUUGAUAGGCAUAGUGAUGAAAUUAUUGCAAAUAACUAUUUAAGGUUGAAGACAUUUAUUAAUGCUAUUCGAUGGCUUGCAUUUCAAGCAUGUGCAUUUAGAGGCGAUGAUGAAAGUCCUGGAUCUUUGAAUAGGGGGAAUUUUAUUGAGUUAAUUAAGCUUUUAGCUUCCUCAAGAGAUGAGUCAAAGCGAGAACAAAUGUCUGUGGUUUUGAGAUUUGUAGACAAGCACGGUUGUGUUCAAGAAAGAUUUUUUGAUCUUAUACAUGUUUCUGAUACAUGUUCUUUGACAUUGAAAACAGAAAUUUCAUCAGUUCUUUCGCGUCAUAAUCUUGAUGUCCAAAAUCUUAGGGGACAAGGGUAUGAUGGAGCUACCAAAGAAGUUUGUUAUGUUCAUCAAUUGUUUUCAAAACUUACACUAAUUGUGAAUGUCGUGACUGUUUCUCCUAAACGUCAUGAUCAGUUAAGGGUUGCUCAUCAAGCAAAUAAUGUUGCAAACUUAAUUGCCAAUGAUCAAAUUGUGACAUGUAGUGGACUUAAUCAAAUUGGUACUUUGCAAAGAGCUGGAGAUACUAGAUGGGGGUCUCAUUUGAAUUCUGUACGUAGCUUGUUAUGCAUGUUUGAUGCUACUUGUGAAGUUCUUGAAAAAAGCACCGAAGAAGGUAAUUUCUCCACUCGUGGUGAUGCUAGUGCUGCUUAUGAUGCUAUCACAUCCUUUGAAUUUGUCUUUGUUUUGCAUUUGAUGAGAAAUAUUUUGGAAACUUUAAUCCAAAGAAUGAGAGAAUCAAGUUGGGAGGCUUUCAUAAAAGAAGUUAUAUUAUUUUGUGAGAAACAUGAAGUUGAAGUUCCUGAUAUGAAUGCAUUGCAUAUUCCUAAAAGAGGCCAAACUCGCAAAAUUGUUGAUCAAAUUUCAGUAGAGCAUCAUUACCGUGUUAAUUUAUUUCUGGCUGUAAUUGAUACACAAUUGCAAGAGCUUAAUGGAAGAUUCAAUGAUAAUAUGGUGGAAUUGCUUACUUUAAGUUCAACUUUAGAUCCUAGACAUAAUUAUAAGUUCUUCAAUGUCAACAAAGUAUGUGAAUUAGUAGAACGGUUUUAUCCAAGUGACUUCAGUGACCAAGAAAAAUUUCACAUUAGAAUGCAAGCUCAACAUUAUGAACUUGAUGUUCCUAAUCAUGUUGAAUUAACUAACUUGUGCACAAUUUCGGAGUUAUGUCAAGGAUUAACGAAGACAGGAAAGUCUUUAACAUAUCCUUUAAUUGAUCGUUUGAUUCGCUUGGUAUUAACUCUCCCUGUUUCUACAACUGAGAGAUCUUUUUCAGCUAUGAAUAUUGUGAAGAGUAGACUCAGAAAUAAAAUGGAAGAUGAAUUGCUUGCUAAUUGUCUUUUGAUUUAA